UGGGAUCAGUUGUUGAGCACUGACCGUCCAGAAAAGUGGGUGUUGACCGUGUGCCAGGGAACGCAAUUGGGACCUCUUGAAAUCUGGAAAGUUUUUCUGCUGCGCAACGUGCUGAUUGCGGAAGCAAUAGCGAGUGGUGUUGGCGUGCACGUGUUCGAUCCCCGGUCGUUUUGUUUGUGGUUCCGCGCGACGGAACCGUGGCGGAAGCAGUUGCUAGCGAUCCCUGCAGGCAAUCAUCCCAAGAAUUUGUCCGCAAAAACGGUCGCAUGGGCUGCAGGCAAUGAAUCAUUCCGUGCGAUAAAAAUAACUGAGAUUAACGCAAGUUAUCCGAGUUGCUUUCGGGGGAACCGCCGAGGUCGCCGUGGGAGCGAGUCAACAAGUUCGCCGACUGGUUCUCAAGAAUCACCCCUGAUUCCACGUGUCGCACAGCCUCGCAUCUAAAUUCUAUGCCAUUGUCCUGCCCCGAAAGGACCUCUGCAUUCGACACUGCAUGAGAUAAGCCCGCAAACACCCACCCGCCCAUCGCCUGCGAAUGCGCAGAUCACACCAAACAAAACACUAACAGGAUCGCUUUGCGAGUCAAAAGGAUCUCGUUAUCGCGACCCUCGUUCGCGAGAUCCGCAAGGCGAAGUGCUGUUGCACUUGAAUCGCUCCUGCAAGGCGACUCGGUCGGCGUCAGGUAACCCAGCGGCGUGAGGAUCGCCCUUUGCGCGAGUCACGAGCCCGGCCCGGCCUGCGUGCAAGUGUUGGUGCUAUCAGCUGCGCCGGCAAGCCGAGAACGACCCGUACUGCGGUAGUGGCUUCAGUGGUACACCGGUUCUUGGCGAUCAGUCGUUAGUUCACGUUUGGUCUCCUCUAGCGCCGCACACAUGAUAGACGAUUUGUGCACGAUCGUAUGUUGGAGUUCAGAGCGACCACGCAGCCUUAGCCUUGAUCCUUGCGCCGUUCGAAGCGAUUUUUGCACAGUUCUUGUUGUUGCCGACUGCGCCAAGGGUGCACGACAGGAGUAAUUGGAUAGUGGUAGUGUCCUUGUUGCGUCGCAGUUACAUUCCGCCAGUAGCGUCGAGGAAAGGUGAUCCGCGUCCGAUUGUUCUCUGCCAGUUUGAAAAUUGUCCAAAGAAUAGCCGCCAAGUCGGUAGGAAAUAUGCAUACCUCGCUUGUGCGCCGCAACGAACACGAGUAUGCGAAAGUGAAUAUUAGCGGUAGUGACCAUAGUGAUAGUGUCCAGCUCCUGUGCACCGAACAUAUAGCCAGUGAUCCCCAGUACAGUGCUAACGGUAAUAUAGCCCCGUCAUACUAUGAUAGCAACAAUGAUAUUCGCAAGGCGACGAGUGGUUCGGGUUUGGCGGCGGCCGGCUGUAGUGUCCGGGACGGCCCAGGUGAUUUUGUAAGUGCCAGUUAUGGGCGGAACGGGAUCAUACACGUGAACAAGGCUGCCAAGGAUCCUAUCUUCCUGGAGGAUCGCUGUUUGGAUAAUUUACUGAAGAGCGAGGAGAAAUCGGCAGUUAUGCACUCGUACUUCACGACGGUGCAGAAGGAGAUAACUCCCGAGAUGCGAAGGAUUGUGGUAGAGUGGAUGAUGGAGGUUUGCGAGGAGCAAAAAUGUCAAGAAGAAGUCGUACUAUUAGCACUUAACUAUAUGGAUAGAUUUUUGGCAGCAAUACUAGUAGGAAAAACACAUUUACAAAUUUUAGCAACAAGUUGUUUGUUGUUAGCAUCAAAAUUACGCGAACCAAGCUGUCGUGGACUGUCCGCGGAUUUAUUAGUUUUAUAUACAGACAACAGUAUUGUGAAACGUGAUUUAUUAAAUUGGGAAUUAUAUGUACUGAGUAAAUUGAAGUGGGAUUUAUCGUGUGUCACGCCUCUGGAUUUCUUAGAAUUACUAUUAUCACGAUUGCCUAUAACAAGUAAAAAUUGCCCAGAUAUUAGUAAGGAAAAAGUUAGACAACAUUCACAAGCUUUUAUAUGGUUAACAGCAAAAGAACAUUGCUUCUCCGAAUUUUCGGCCAGUACAAUAGCAGCUUCCAGUAUUGCAGCCGCCCUAAGUGGAUUGAAUUGGCAUCUGCGAACCGGAACCGAUUUAAACUCCUUACUUAAUAGGUUAACAGAUUUAAUAGGUGUCGAACAGGAAUAUCUACGUGAAUGUAUGAAUAAAAUGGAAUGUGUAUUCCGCGAGCAUAGUCGAAACAUUUUAUCCUUUGCAACUGUCGAUAGUCAACAAAAUUUAGGAUGUUCUAAUAACAAUAAUUGUAAUAAAACGUUACCAGUCUCGUGUGCAGCGCAACACGCAUCAGCGUCAAAUAACAGCGUCACCAACAACGAAACGGACAUAUACAAACGUGAAGCGGGGACACCAACAGAUGUUCAAGAUUUGAAAUUCUAAAACAAACUACAUAAAACGAUAACGGUCAACUUAUUCCCCUCGAUUUUCUGAGUUUUUGUUUGGAUGUUUUUCGUUAAUUCACGAUAAAUAUCUAAUUUGUGUAAUGCAAUUAAUCUGCAAACCACAAUACGUAUCGAAAAAAAUGAGCGAAUUACGUCGAAUAUCGAAUCGAGACAAAGUGAGGUUAUUCCCGCGCGGAAACACAAAGGACAGCUUUAUUUUUUUACCUAUGAAUGUUAUUAAAAAAAGAAGAGAAUUGCAUUUUUUUUUUGUUAGAAAGAACUUUAUACACAGUGCGUUUUGUACAGAUAGUCGUAGAGCAUUUAUAAUAUGUUACGAGAAGUUUGCGUUGCGAAAGGGCAGGACCAUAAAGUGUUGUUUCUUUUAAGUUCUUACAAGGACUCUAGUUCAACUUGUAAUACUUCAAAACGUGUAUUAUGUUACAUGGAAUAUUCUUUUCUUUGGGUAAGUAGAACUAUUUGUACCCGUAUAUUACACAGCGACGAAAAAGAGAAAGGAAGAAAGUGAAGAGAAAUGUGAAAAAUGUUAAAUUUGAGAAAAAAAAGUAUAUAAAUGCAUACGAUUAUGAUAAACUAUAUGAUACGCUUAACAGUUACGCAGCGCGAUAGCUAGAGCUUAAGGAAAGGAUUAAGCUAAGUAACGAGUAUAUUAUUGAUUUGGGACUGUGGGAGGAAACCCCAUUCGAAAGUUCUUUUUUUUUUUACAAAUUGAAAUUUAAAAUUAUUAUGUUUUCAAAGAAAUGUAUAACAAAUGUUAUGAAUACACUUUUUUUUUUAAUUUCUAAGCGGAAGACAGAUUGAAAACGGAUUAAAAAAAUUAGAGUACAGAAUUAAAUUUGAAAAAUUGUAUGAGCAACCUGAUUUCGAUUAGGACAUUGAUGUUUUAUAAAUUCUGGAAUAAAUGCAAUUCAGUUUCGGAGAAAUGCGAGUAUGUUUAGUUGAUAGUGGAAUCAGUGCCUUGGGUUUGCAGUCAGGUGAGCCUUGGGUUGUCAGUUUGUAUGGUA